AUGCAACCAAUUUCUAAAAUUGAUUGGGACAAAGGUGACAAGGAUGGACUUAUCUCCAUCGGCUCCCAUAACCUUUAUAUGUCCGUUUCGGGGCCCGAUCGCAAGCCUGGACAGCCUAUCGUCGUUCUCAUGCAAGGCGUUGGCAGCACGAUCGAUGAAUGGGUGGCAGUGCGAAAGCUUGUGAUUCCAUUUGCUCGAUGGUUGAACUACGAUCGUUCAGGAAUGGGUCGGAGUGAAGGUCCCGACCAGACACCCUCAAGCAUAUCCGCAGCAUCAGUCGCGGCAGAGCUCGAUAUUCUCCUAAAGAACGCCGGUGUUGAACCUCCGUUUAUCAUUGUCGCUCACUCGUGGGGAGGCUACACUUCUCGCGAGUUUCUAGAACUUAGGCCGAAUGAUAUCGUGGGCAUGGUAUUCGUGGAUUGCAAUACUGAACGUUUCUUUGAUAGUGGGGCGUGGGGCGCGGAUGUUUUCAGUCCAGUUCUCGGCGACCAGGACUUUGUUGAAACCACCGGUCUUUCAACGUCCCAUGUCCUAUCCGAAGAGGAGUGGAAAGCCGUCAAAGACGAGCAGGCCGAUCCCCGACAUCAAGUCACUGAGGCUGCUGAGGUGCAGGCGGUGCUGAACGACAGACGGGCAUUGGUCCCCAAGAAGCAACUCGAGAAGCUACUUCUGAAAGAUUAUCCGGUCAGUGUAAUCAUUGCGGAUUCACCUGGAGAUUUCCAGAAAAUGUAUGACUUUGGAGUGGCCGCAGGCAACGGAACAGAAGAAGAAGGAGCUCUGUUUCGAAAAUGUCUCGAUAGAUGGCGCGAGAUGAAUGAGGACUGGCAAAAAGAGCUUUUGAAGCUUUCUCGUCUCAGCAGAUUUAUUCGUCUGCAUUGCAGUCACAAUGUGCAGCUGUUACAACCACAGAGCAUAGUCCAAGAGAUACAGUGGGCCAUGGAUAGCUAUAAAUAA